CUUGGUCUCUGACUUGAGUGCUUGUGAAAGACGGGUCAAUGAUAGGAUUCAUUAUGACCUCUCAAAUUUCAAUUUAAACGACAAAAUUUUUUGUGCAAAUAUUGUCGAGGGAAAUAAAUAAAUAAAAAAACCUCGGGAUCAUCUAUAAAAGACCCAUCAUCAUUUGAUUUUUAUUGUCUUCUUUUUAGAGGGAGAGUCUGAUUUUCAGGAUGCAUGGCUUGGGCGGUGGUGAGAGGGUUCCUCUUUUGGGUAGAGAAGGAGGAAGAAAGAGAAAUGACACUUUAGUGAAUGGUCAUUUGACAGACCUCGAGCAUGGGGAUGCAAUACCGGCUGCUAACGUGGGGUUUUGCAGAGUGUUGUCUCUGGCAAAGCCCGAUGCAGGAAAACUGGUAGUUGCUACAAUUGCUCUGUUGAUUGCGUCCACAUCAAGUAUUCUGAUUCCGAAGUUUGGUGGAAAAAUAAUAGACAUUGUAUCAAGGGAGAUCAUAACACCAGAACAGAAAACUGAAGCUCUGAAUGCAGUCAAGAACACUAUACUAGAGAUCUUCUUAAUUGUUAUAGUUGGUUCCAUUUGCACAGCACUUCGGGCAUGGUUGUUUUCUUCUGCUAGUGAAAGGGUUGUAGCUCGGCUGAGAAAGAACUUAUUCAGUCACCUUAUUCAGCAAGAAAUAGCCUUCUUUGAUAUUACUCGGACAGGGGAGCUUCUAAGCAGAUUAUCUGAAGAUACCCAGAUCAUAAAAAAUGCUGCAACUACCAAUCUUUCUGAGGCCCUAAGGAAUCUAUCGACUGCAUUUAUUGGUCUUGGUUUCAUGUUUGCAACAUCAUGGAAGUUGACAUUGUUGGCUUUGGCUAUUGUUCCUGCUAUCUCUGUGGCUGUGCGUAAAUUUGGCCGUUUUCUUCGAGAACUUUCUCACAAGACUCAAGCUGCAGCUGCAUUAGCUGCUUCAAUUGCUGAGGAAUCCUUUGGUGCUAUACGCACAGUGAGAUCUUUUGCUCAAGAAGCUUACGAAAUUUCACGCUAUUCUAGUCAAGUUGAAGAGACAUUGAAUCUUGGAAUUAAACAAGCUAGAGUUGUUGGACUUUUCUUUGGUGGCCUUAAUGCUGCAUCCACACUAUCAGUCAUCGUAGUAGUGAUAUAUGGAGCUAAUUUGACGAUCAAUGGCUCCAUGAGCCCUGGUGCUCUUACAUCCUUCAUUCUUUAUAGCCUGACAGUUGGAUCCUCUGUAUCUGGACUGUCUGGGUUAUACACAGUAGCGAUGAAAGCUGCAGGAGCCAGUAGGCGGGUUUUCCAGCUUCUGGAUCGUGUCUCAUCAAUGCCUAAGUCGGGCAACAAAUGUCCUUUGGGAGACCAAGAUGGAGAAGUAGAGUUAAAUGAUGUCUGGUUCGCCUAUCCAUCUCGUCCUGACCAUAUGGUACUCAAGGGAAUAACAUUAAAACUGCAGCCUGGUUCAAAGAUUGCUCUUGUUGGUCCAAGUGGUGGUGGAAAAACCACAAUAGCAAACUUGAUUGAAAGGUUUUAUGAUCCCAUCAAGGGAAGGAUUUUACUAAAUGGGGUUCCACUGGUGGAAAUAUCACAUGAACAUCUACACAGAAAGAUCAGUAUAGUGAGCCAGGAGCCUGUUCUUUUCAACUGCUCCAUAGAGGAGAACAUUGCAUAUGGAUAUGAAGGCAAAGCCAGCAGUGCUGAUGUAGAAAAUGCAGCUAAAAUGGCCAAUGCCCAUGAGUUCAUAUCAAAAUUUUCUGAAAAAUAUCAAACCCAUGUUGGAGAACGUGGUGUAAGGCUCUCAGGAGGCCAGAAACAGAGAGUAGCAAUUGCAAGGGCUCUAUUGAUGAACCCAAGGGUUCUCCUCCUGGAUGAAGCCACAAGUGCUCUGGAUGCUGAAAGCGAAUACCUGGUGCAGGAUGCCAUGGAUUCUUUGAUGAAGGGCAGGACUGUUCUAGUCAUAGCCCAUAGGCUCUCAACUGUCAAGAGUGCAGACACCGUUGCCGUAGUUUCAGAUGGUGAGAUUGUUGAAAGUGGCACACAUGACGAGCUCCUCGACAAGGAUGGCAUUUACACUGCAUUAGUAAGGAGGCAGCUGCAAGGACCAAGAAAUGAAGUCUAGUUUUGAACAGCUAAUCAUGUAUGAGCAACAUGGAGAAACCAUCCAAUUCUAGUAAGUUGCUCAUUAGCAUGGCCAUAAAACUCUCAAAUUUCCCAGUGGUGUGCCCAUCACAUUAUGUUCAAAAGCUGCAGAAACAGGGCCUACCUUCAAUGCAUAACUUUAUUUGUAGUUCAAAGACAUGGAACUGGGUGUAAAACUUUAAAUCAUCAACACAACACAAUGCCCUUUCUGUAACUUGGAAGUGUAUUAGUUUUGCACCCAUUUGAGCAGGCUCUCAUUCUGUCUGGUGGUUAAAAAAUUGUAGCUUGCGCCUAGAGAUUUUGUUGGAUUCUUCAUGAACAUUUUGAAUUUUGACCAAUUUCCCUCUCA